CCGACCGCAGCACGGUCGGGACGGGAGACAUCUACGAUCGAUAAAGGCUCGUAGAGAGAGCCCCCGAAAUCGCGUCGUGCGACGGAAAAUCGUGGGGGAGAAAGAGAGAGAGAGAGGGAGGAAGGCUGAUAAGAGGAGCGGAAGAGAGAGAAAGAGAGAUUGGCCGGCGAGCGAGCGAGCGAGCGAUCGGCACGCUUCGAAGGAGGCGACGAGCGCCUUGUGAUUUUUCGCGACGCAGGACGAGCGCGGCGACGGUGCUGACGGCGGCGACGGCGGGUGAUGGUGACGGUGGUGGUGCGCGGCGCCGCGCGAUUAAUACAAUCGGCAGGUGAUUUCUCGUCGCUGAUUAAAGCGCCAUGUCCCGCGAUGGACCAAUCAGCUGCUUGGUAAACCGCCGUGAGACCUCGAGUCUGUCCGCAGACGAAUGACAACAAAAGAGACUGAUAGAAGUUCGCGCGCGCGAGAGAGAGCGAGCCCGAGUUUUUUUUUCCGCACGCGAGUGUGUUACCCCCGCGCGCAGCAGCCGAGUGUGGUAGGCUCCCCGCGAGUGUGUUGUGUCCGCCGCUGCCGCCGCCGCCGCGGCCCGCUUUUUUUCCGUUUUACCCCCCCGUAAAGCGCCCCGCGAGUAACGUCGCUGCUUGGAAAGCCUUGGUGGUUGGUGGUGAAAGGUGCCGUGAGGAAUAUGAAGAGGAGAAAUGUCGAGUGCGGUAAGCUUCGGAGGCCCUUGAAACGCAACAAGCUCACCGAGGGGAUCUACGGAAGUACCUUGCUUUAUCUGAAGUUUCUUCUACUAUGGAUCAUGGUGAUCUUGGCAGACUUCAUUUUGGAAUUCCGUUUUGAAUUUUUGUGGCCGUUCUGGCUACUCCUCCGAAGCGUUUACGAUUCCUUUAAAUAUCAAGGCUUGGCCUUCUCUGUAUUUUUUAUUUGUAUUGCACUUACGUCAGACAUGAUUUGCUUCUUUUUUAUCCCCGUGCAUUGGCUGUUUUUUGCUGCCAGCACUUACGUUUGGGUGCAAUACGUCUGGCACACAGAUAAAGGAGUGUGUCUACCAACUGUGAUGCUGUGGCUACUAUUUCUAUAUAUAGAAGCAGCAGUGCGGUUGCGUGACUUACGACAUAUGCCAUUUCACCUAGACCUCUGUCGGCCGUUUGCAGCACAUUGCAUUGGCUAUCCUGUAGUUACAUUGGGCUUUGGUUUCAAGAGCUAUGUAGGCUACAGAAUGAGGCAGAGAAAACAGAAAGACGUGGCAAAGGAGAACGAGUUCUACCUGCAGUUACUGCAGCAAGCACUGCCUCUAGAGCAACAAGCUAUGUCGAUGCAGCAAAUCCAACCGCAGGUGCAGCCACAGACACAGCAGGUCACUGCGUCGCUAGAACAACACGUCAAAACUCAAGCACACAAAUUGAGUCCACAGUAUAAUCCAAGCCCUGAAAAAAGCAGAGGUAAGGGUAAUAACAAUUCCAUAGAAACGAACGUACAAAAUGGCGGGGUACACAAUAGUAGCCAGGUCACGUCACAAACACAGAGUGCUACUACCAAGAGUACUCAUAGGAAAUCCUUAGACAAGAGCGAAAAGCAGGAAGAGCAGCAUAAUAAACACAAUGUGUCAAACAAUUCACCGUCGGACAAAAGCGACAAGAGAUUUAUACACAGUAACGGAAGCACGGUAUCGCACAGUGACAUACAACUCAUCGAGAGGGUGGGGUCUGUAAAUGAUUUUGACGUAAACGAGGUAGAAAAGGAUAAAUCUAUCAAGGGUUGCGGACACACUACGAUAAAAUCGCAAACGAACGGUUCGGUAACGGGAAAAUGGAAUAACGUGAAGGAAAGCCGGGAUUCAUCGUCGACUACCAAUGCCCAACGGGAGCGUAAGAAGCAGGUUAAAAAUACGAGCGACGUCACGGCGGAGCAACAGAAACAGCAAGACGAUUAUUAUCAAAGGUUACUGGUGUGUCGCAGGCUCGAGGCGGACAUAAAACGUUUGAAGUCAGAUUUGCAGUCAAGUCGGCAGUUGGAACAAGAAUUACGAUCGCAAAUUAAUGUCUUGCUCAACGGAGAGCGGCAAGCGAAGAACGACAUUCAACAACUCCAACAUGAUAACGAUCAAUUGCAAAGCAAAUUACAUGGUCUAGUGACGGCGCGUCAAUUGGAUAAGCAGACAGUGUCAUCAUUGGAAAAGCGAAUUGCGGAAGAGCGAAAGCAACGUAACGCAUGCGAAGCGUCCUUGCUCUCCGAGCGAAGGGCACGACGAGCCGCCGAAGAGGCACGCUCCGCGAUUCCGCCGCCGCCACCUCCGCUUAUCCGGCAGGAGUGCACUGACGCGUGCAAGAGUCGAAGAUCUCAAAUGGAACAGGACCUUAAAAAUCUGCGCCGAGAACUCAAAUUGAAGGAAGAAAGAUGUAACGCAUUGGAGAACGACGCAGUGCGUUGUAAAGAGAGCCACAGAGAAUGUGAAAUUCUACUCCCUGCACUCAAUGCGCUGCAAGAUAAAAACGCUCAUUUGGAAAACAGCUUGAGCGCGGAGACGCGUAUAAAACUGGAUUUGUUUUCGGCACUCGGCGAAGUUAAGCGGCAAUUAGAAAUCCGUGAAGGCUUAAUCAGAUCUCAAGAAAAAGAAAUCGAGAUGUUGAAAACAAAAAUAGCGCAAGAUUUAGCUGUGAUGCCACAAGACACAUUUGGUCCAGCGCCAACCUGUGCGACGUCCAAGCUUCGUUUAAAUAGUGAAGUGAGAGUAGCAGGAACAAAAAUACGUUCGAAUGAAAGUCCUUGUCCGGGGUGUACCGUGUCAAAUUUGGAUCCGAAUGCGACAGCGUACACGCCUAAAAGUUCCCUUGUAGCGUCGACCGAAGCUUAAGGAACUGCAAUUCUCUCAUCAGAAACCCGAGUAGUAGGAUACAUCAACUACAAAAGAAUGUUUCAAGUUUCUCCGUGGAAAUGUUGUCAUUUAGUUCACAAGUAACGCAAAAAAAUGCGGAUCUCUCAGCCGCUGAAUCCUUUCUGCACACGUCUUCUUUAAAGACAAGACAUAUUUUUAUUAUAUAUACCGAUCCAUCUCCCCAAUGUAAAAACAAAACCUGGAAGUCUUCCAUGAGAAACUUCGCGAAACAUAUUUUGUAUUCGUGUCUUGUCGUUUCGAAAAAAGAUGAAAAAAAAAAGGAACCGUUGACAUUACUUAUGAUCACGCGACGCGGCACUGGUUUCUAGAAUGUCGAGGAAAUCCAGUGACAGUCUUUAAUUUGUAACAUUUAUGCUGCAGGUUGAUCUCUACGGGUGUGUAACGAUUUAUUGAGAAACAAUCGGCUUGCGUAAUCGUAAUUAUACAUGCAUAAUUACGCGCAUGCGUAAUUAUACAUGUCUCAAUUGUACAUGCAUAAAUAUCGAUGACAGUGAUGACUAAUUAAAAAAUCGAUAUAUCUAACCGUUAGUUUAUAUGUUAGUAAAAAAAAUAUAUUUUGUACUCUACAAGAAUACCUCGGCAAGUUUGUCUUAUACAUUUUGUCAUAUGCUUAACGUUAUGAUAUAGAUUUUUUAUACAUAUGUAUGACUUUAACAUGUUGAUUUGACGUUUCAAAUCGAUCUUUAUGUAGAGUAUAAGAAAAAUGAUAAGAUAUUUUUUUUUAAUACCAAAGUCACGAUAAGGGAGAAGUUGGAAAGAGAGUUGAUAUCCGUGUUACGAUCUUCCUGCAGCAUAUGCCUAAACAUACGAUGACUUGUCAAAGAUGCAUUCUUAUUCAAGUCGGUAUAACUGAAGCUAGUCCAUCAUACAAACUAUUUAAAUAUCAUUGGCAUAUUGAGCCAUUUUAUGUUACGCGAUCAUCAUGGAGAAAUAGCCAUUGACAACAUAGAAAGAAGUACAAGCAUUAUCCAGGAAGGAUCAAAGUAAAUGUCGCGACGCCAAAUUUUUUUUUUGUUUUUAGAUAAUCGUAAUGUCCGUACUGAUGAUACUCUCACAUGCACACAUGCGCGUAUUUUUGUGCUUUUAAAUUUUCAUACUUUUAGUUUAAUAAUGUUUGUUUUAUGUAUUGGCUUUCAAAACGGCGUAAAGUGUAGCCAUUGCAUUUUUCGCAGGAUUAAAAAAAAAUUAAAUUUCCAUGUGAUAAGAAUGAUUGAUUCAUAGAGCACGUUAGUAAUGAAAAGAUGUGAUGGCUAACUUGAUUUAAUUUAAAAAAAAGAAAAGAAAAAAACAUGGCAUUAAUUAUCAUGCUGGUAUAUGAGACUAUGUAAUGCCAUACAUUUGGUUUAAAAGAGUUUAAACGCAAAAAAAGGAUAAUUUUAUUACGAGUACAAAGAUAGAAAAAAAAAGUUAUUUUCGUAUUAAGAUCGCUUUAUUUAACUAAGAGGAAUAUUUAUUUCAUUACUUAGCAUUGAAAAAGUUGAUAAAACUACAUUGUGAC